GCAUGAGUUUGCUAUGCGAGAGCAGCAGAUGGAGGGAGGACGUGAACAUGCACAAGAGGGAGGACUUCCUGCAAACGCUGUGGACUCAGUUUCAUGAAUAUGCACAAUGCACAGAUGUUUUUGCGCUGCUUCGAAACCUUUUAUUCCGAGUUUUUCUAAACAAUAACGAACCUCCCACACCAUUCCUCUUCCCCUUUUUGCUCGGACACGCGCACUCAAGGGAGGAAGGAAGGGGGGAGCGAGGAGGAGGAGGGGAAGGCAGCGGGAGCGCGCUUUCCGCGUCUGGUUAGUGGACUGACAGCCAGCUGUGCGGGUACAACGACAACAACAACCUCCUGGAUUUACAACUAGAUUAGUGUUGUCCCCGCCACAGAUCACAAUCGCACCCUGUAGCUAGUUUCCCAAGCGAACACUCGACGGUUCCGAGCGGCGGUUUUUCUGCGCUAACUAGCUAGAAGAGCAUUCCUCCAACAUGAAUCCGAUGUGUGGCAGAUGUAAUCUAGUCGUUUACCCCACGGAAAAAGUGAAUUGUCUGGACAAGUAUUGGCAUAAAGGAUGCUUCAGCUGCGAGGUCUGCAAAAUGACUCUAAACAUGAAGAAUUACAAAGGCUUCGAGAAGAGACCAUACUGCAAUGCACACUACCCCAAGACAAACUUCACCGCUGUGGCUGACACUCCAGAGAACCUCCGCCUCAAACAGCAGAGCAAGAUACAGAGCACGGUUCUCUACAAGGAGGAUUUUGAGAAGAACAAAGGGAGAGGUUUCAGCGUGGUCACAGACACGCCAGAGAUGCAGAGACUUAAGAAAUCGCAGGACCAAAUCAGCAAUAUUAAGUACCAUGAGGAGUUUGAGAAGAGGAAGAUGGGAGGAGAGGCCCCACAUCAUCAUCAGUCAAGCAACCCCAGCCCAGCUUACCAGGCGUCUCCAGCCACUCAGAACUACAACUAUGAGCCUGCUCCUGAACCAGUGCGUCCAGCAGCUGCUGCCCCUCCUCCCAGUGCCGGGAAGCGGUACACGGCUGUGUACGACUACUCCGCCGCCGAUGAGGACGAGGUGUCUUUCGUAGAAGGAGAUGUCAUCGUAGACGUGCAGCAGAUCGACGAAGGCUGGAUGUACGGCCGCGUGGAGCGCACCGGUCAGCAGGGGAUGCUGCCCGCCAACUACGUGGAGGCCAUCUGAGUGAGAGGGAGAGAAAAAAGAAGGAGAGAAUAAGGAGGAGAUAGAGAAAAGGGAGGGAAAGGAGGAAAGUAAAAGCCCAGUGCCAUCUCAUCUUAACGCCGCUUUCUCUUAAUUUUACUCUUGUUCCCUAAUCUGUCCUGUGAGACCCUCAGCUCCUUCCCUGCUGCAUCCCGCUCUGCUCCCACCAACAGACACCCUCAAGUCUAUCUGUCCUCGUCCGUCUGCCUGCUUUCCUGUCCGUCUGUCUGUGCUGAUGUUUGGUUGUCUGUCAUCCUCUUCGUCUUCUCCUCCCCACGUCCUGGUUCCACUCGAGUGGAAAGUCUUAAAAGAUAAAGUUCAUCGCAGUACGUCAGGGGUCAUGCCGUGUCGCACAGCUCCAUCCUAGCUGCAGCACUUAACAAUCCUGACACAUCAUGCAAAAAUAAAGAAAACUUUACAAAAAAACAUCCCUACAAGUCAGUGAACACAGCAGGUGUUAUUCCGUGGAGAGUUUGGGGUUUCUGUUCCUUUAGUUUUGCAGCCCGACUGGAAACGCAGUGUAGAAAUCUCAGUCUUAUCAGAACUAAGCUUGAAUCUUUUUUGACUUGUGUACAUUCCUUUAACCUCUAACUCUGUUUGCUGUUGCAUCAAUCAGCCAGUUGUCAGUCUAAACAGAGAGGUUUUUAAUAUAUUUAUAGGUGGACACACAUCUCGCCCUCGUGUUCAGCACUGCGUCGUGUGGUUGUUGUUGUGAAAACUGGAAUCGUAGCCUAACUGAAGAGCACCUCCUGCCGUUUGGACGCAGGAGGGAUCAGGGACAAGUUAGGGGACAUUAUUAGUCGGAUCUCAUGCAGCCACACUGAAGUCACCACCGCAAGUUGGUGUGGAUUUGCAGCACCCUUAUUUGUGUUUUUUGCAGCCUGAAUGCCUUCAGCCGUGAGCGAAUCACAAAGAAACGGUGAUCAAGGUUAAGCUAUUUGGAAGAAAAAAAUUAAAAAAAAACAAACAUGAAACAAAAUCACCAUCAAAGAAACCACAUUUAUUAAAGAGAAGGCCAAGCACAACUCUAUAUUGUUAAUCUUUUUAUUUUAAAAUGUAUGCCACUGUUUUUGUGAGUGAACAUUCCAGUCUUCAUUUUUUUCUUCCAUUUAAUGUGAGAGAAAUAGUCGCAUCCUUGGCUGUGGUAAAUGUUUUUCUCAUGCUGUUCUUCCUUUUGCUUUCCUCGUUUGUUUUCAAAAAGAAAAAUGUCAGCAUAUUGGAGAAAACGGACCAGCAACUCCAAUUUGUGAAAACCGAAUUAACGUAGAAUCGUGCGGUCGCAGUAUUAGAUCAGUCGGAAAACAGAGCUAGCUGCUUGUCGUUGAAGCCUGUUUCUGAUCUCUCUCGUGCUGUUCUAUUAUUCUGCAGCUCCUAGGGAAGAGUGGUGUUACAGAAUAGCAUUUCAAACCCACGUAGAGACUUUUAUCGUAUGAAAACAACCGGAAAAGCAUCUCGGGGUCCAUCUGGAAGGUGCAUCCCAACCGAAUUCUCACUUGUACAUUCACAUAGAAGCCACAGCUAAUUAGCAUUAGCAAAAUUAGCUGGUGCUGUUGGUUCGUUAAGAGAAAUUUAAGCAUUUAUGUUGGUGUUUUUUAAACAGAAAUGCUGCAUUUUUUUGUCUAGUAUUUCUGCAAGGAUGUUUAAAAAUGAUAUCAACCCAUUUCUCAGUGGUGUAAAUAAUAACCGACCCCUGAUUACACUCACAUCUUCCCCCGUUUCUUGCUGUUUUAUUCUCCUGUGGUGCACUGUGAUUGUCACAGACAUGAGCGAUCGGGGCGUUUGUAGGUGGGGCGAGCGGGCACAAAAAAUAACAAUUCAGCUUUAUCAAAUGAAGCAAGGCUCUCAUUAUGUAGCUAGAUGACAUUGUACAAUUGUAUAUGUAUCAUACAGUAAAGGUAAGUUAGGGAAAAAUGUUUUACAGGUCAUGGUGCUCUGGGAAGUGGCUUGCCUGCAGAUUCUUUUUUCUUUUUUUUUCCUGUGAAUGUGGGGAAGUAAUGUGAUUUUUAAAAGAUAAGUUUGGUGCAAGUUGGUGUUCAUGAAGCUUUCUAACGUGACGAAUCGUGACAAAAUCAGAUAAACAUCCAAACACAACAGACGAAUGAGUGAACGAACACUGUACAAUAUGUUUGCCUGCAUUUUGCAUUGCUCAACAACGCGAGGAUUUAAUUUGCAAAACAGACGCUUAGAUCGGUUGUGUGUUUCUCCUGGGUAAACUGAAGAGUUAUUGUUGUUCCUGGCUUCGGAUUUCAUUUAAAAGCUGCCGGUAGUUCUCUGCGAUCCAAACUCUCUUUUAUCUCAAGGUUUUUUGAUGAAAUCGGGGGAAAAAUGUUUAAGUGUGGCUCAGGAUGGAUUUGUUAAGGCGAAGUCAAAUGUGAUGAUGUAAGUGUGCGAGGUUGUGGGCGAUGAAAGGGCGACUCGACGCUCUUAAAUCUCCCCGAGCCCCGUGAGGCAGGACAAGUUGUUUGUCUGACCUGGAUAUUAGUCAGGAGUUGACCUCCCAGUCCCGCUCCUCUGCUCUGGCAUCACUACUGAACGUCAUAUCACGACCCCCCGCUUCCAUUCAGUUUUUCUGCCCACCUUCCUGCUGCAGUUCCCCCUCUUUUUUCCCCUUCAGCCUUUUCAUCGCGCUUCUGAUGAAUCAUUCCCUGCUUCUAUGAUACUGGUUAUAUACUGUAGACUUGGCAGAGUGAAAAUCGUAUAAUCCACAGUUGCAGGUUUAGCAUUCAGACCAGUUUUGUGCAUUCCAUCUUAAAUCGUUUUUUUGUUUUUGAUAUAAUUUUGUUAUUUUUUAAAUAAAAAAAAUAAAGAAUAUCAUAUGCAUAUUGACAUACAUGUGUAUUCACAGAAUACAUACUCAGAUUUAAGGACCUGAUAUCAUCUCCUGUUGCCCUGUUACAGCACUUCAAAUUGUACUUAUGAUUCUGCAGAUUCAAUAAAAUGUCAUUUUUUCUCAGA